AAAGUUAGUCACCAGUCUAGUACUAGUUAGUCGAACGGUAAAGUCGCAUUUGAGCACAAUGUUUAAGAUCACCAUCAUUUUUGCCGCCGUCGCAGUUUUGGCCAUCAGUGCCGAAUACGACGAUCCCAAGGAUUACCAUUCCCACCCCAAGUACAAGUUCGAGUACGGAGUUAAAGACUCCAAAACGGGAGACAACAAGGAUCAGUGGGAGCAUCGCGAUGGAGACGUGGUCAAGGGACAGUACAGCUUUUACGAGGCCGAUGGAACUAAGCGGAUUGUGGAGUACAGCUCGGACAAGCACCACGGAUUCCAGGCUCACGUGAAGCGAGUGGGUCAUGCGUCGCAUCCUCAGGUCUAUGGACACCACGAGGAGGGAGGUCAUCACUUUGGGGGUGGUGAGGAACACCACGGUCACGGACAUGCCGAAAGCUACGCCAAUUUGUACCAGCACCAUCAUUAAAGACUGAGAAGAGAAAUGUGAUAUUAACGGUUAAGAAUAAACUAUGAAAUG